CGUUUCAAAGAUGGAAGCGCCCAGGAAGCUUUCGAACUUUUGAGGAUUUACACAUAUAUUUAUGCAGUAUGAAUUAGGAUCAUAAACAAAGAUAAAGUAUGGCAAAUGGAAAUGGUUACUGGGGAGAAAUCCCUCAAGUGGCAGACACUGAGUCUGGAAUUGCAGCCUUAGAGAGAGAACAGAUAACAAAGCCCAGGCCACUGGAUAUUGAGGGACCUCUCCUACACCAGCCAUCGAGCAGACACCACCCACCUACAAAUGAAGUCCUGCCUAGUGAACACUUUCAGAUGGAUCCCUUGGUGAUUCACACAAUACGCUUGAUCCAACACAUCAAGAAAUUGAAGGCAGCUAUCUCAGCUCUGCAGCAAGAUACUAAACAGGAAGUAGAAAGUGGGUUGACAACAGUUGGUCAAGUUCCUCAGUAUGAUGGUCCACCAAUAAGAGACAGAUCUAGACAAAAGUAUUUUACAGAAGAAGAGUAUCAAACUGAUUUUGUGAGAGGUGUUGGCAAAGCCCCAGCACCUAUUGAUGAAAUAACAUGCAGAAAGCUACUGAGACGCUCAACAGCUGCAAUCUGUGCUCAUCUCUCAUUUGACACUACUGCGGACUCUGUAUUAGAGACCCUGACAGAUGUGUGCCAAGAGUUCCUCAUACAAUUUACCAAGCACCUGGGAGUGGCAGCUGACAGGAGGGCGGUGUAUGGAUCAGGUGGAUUUCCUGACAUAGUGGAGAGAGUUUUCCAUGAGAUGGGUGUUGGCAGUGUCCAGAGUGUCCAUGAGUUCUACCAGCAGAGAGUCAUCAACUACAGGGACAGGAUGGAGGAACAAUGCCGGCUGUUGAUGGCAGAGUACAACAAGCUGAGCCGGCAGCCAGUCAAACAGAGUUCUCAGUCGCCCAACAGUUCUGAUACGCUGCAUGUUAUACGCAUCAAAGAUGAAUAUAACUCAGAAAUUCAGUUCCCACUUCUUGAUGAAAAUGAUGAAGUCAAUGAGGCAGAACAACUCCUAAACAUAGAAACCCUGGGCCAGUUUGAGAUAACAGUUGAGCAUGAGACAACAACUGGCCUGACCACAGAAGUGGACACAAAAUGGUCGCACACAGCCAAGGGUAAUGCUGCAGAUGCCAGAUCUAAACAAGCUGGCUCUACAGAAGAGGGCUUGGAAAACCCAGGAAGUGCUGCGGAGGUGCUACCUAACCCUCCAUCAAACAUCCCCAUAACACCACAGUCCAACGUGCCCCAGACCCCACAGGAGCUGGUGGUGCCCAUCCUCAGGAGCUACUCCAGCCAGGAUGAUGCCACCAUCCAGGAUCCCGGAUCAAUAUCCAGCAUGGAUAUCUUCUCUCCAUCUGUGCCCACCCCCAGCAAGGCCAAGAAAAAAAAAGUGGGUUAGUAGGUCUGCAAUCUGUGGAUGUUGGUGACAUGUUGAAGAGGAAAAAAUCAAAGUCUUAGAUUGACAGUCUAAAAACAUCAAAUUACCAAAGAAACUACUUUUUGUGAUACAACUAAAGACAAAGGAGGCUUUUUUUUCAUACAGCAAUUUCUUGCUCAUCUUCUCAAAUCUUUCUGUAUCAGCUUGUCUUUACUGUCAGACCCUGAAAUUCUGCUCUCAUGGUAUUAUGGCUAAAACUUAAUUAGCAUACAAAAAAGUUAAUUAUGUUCCAUGUAACAGAUGGUCAGAUCUCAGUGAGUUUUGUCAGAGAUACAAGUACACUGUUUUGUUUGGGCUACAAUGUGGUUGUGAUAGAAAGAACUUUUAAGUUUUAGUCAUUACUUAACAAUGAAUGUGUCUAUAGUUCAUACAUUUGAAAACUCUAAAGACAGGUUAGCUAACAGAACAGUAACAUACUCUUAUAUGAAUCAUAUUUUGGACCAGUUUGUGGAACUGAAUUGUAAACAAGACCAGCAUAUUUUUUUUUCAAAAAUGUUUGUAAAUAUUUUUUAAAGUGUACUUGUCCAAGGGAGACAACCCACAACAGUCCAAUUAUUUUUCUUUGAUGGUUGAUGAGACUGACUGAGAUGAGAUGGGUGGGUGCUAUGAUUGUUCAAUAAAACUUGUUACAGUUGUUAUUUUUCUUUCAAUGGUAAUUAUAAUUAUGGCGAGAAUAAUGUAUUAAAUGCCUAUUAUUUUUUAAAUUGCUUACGUUGUAAAUAAUGGUAAUAAGAUGUAACAUUCUUUAAACUAGCCACUUAAAUAAGUUUAUACUUUUAAUAGUUUCAUGCUUUAAAUUAAUCUGUUGCUCCAUACAGUUGUAAAAAUACUGUUUUGUAUAUGUUGUAACUAUUGUAGAUAUGUUUCACCACAACAAAUUACAUACAAUAUUGUAUUUGUUGAACACUAAUAAAAUGUUCUUGU